CUUAUUAAUUGAAGAGGUGUGGCUUCGCCCACGUGGUUUUGGCACACUCAAGCAUGUUUGCCAGUAAAUACAAUCCAGUGACUGGUAAGAAUGAAUGGAUAGUGACUAAUAAAGAUUAUGAUGAUAUGGAGACUGAUCUAUCACAAGAAUUCUCAAGGUCACAUUAUGGUGAUAUGGUUCACGACAUGGAGAGAAAUGAGAAAUACUAUUAUGGGUUACGUUGGGCGAUAUGUCACUGGGAAUCCAAAGGGGUGGAGCCUCGGGUCCUUGAUAUUGGAACUGGUACUGGACUACUGUCACUGAUGGCUGGAAGAUGGGGGGCAACUAACAUAACAGCAUGUGAAGUUUUGUCUCCGAUGGUCAAAAUUGCUAAGGAGGUUGUGAAAGUGAACGGAUACGAUAAAGUGAUAAAAAUAAUUAAUAAACGAUCAACUGAACUAACAGUAGGACUUGGUUGUGAUAUUCCUUAUAAAGCUAAUGUGUUGGUCAGUGAAGUGUUUGAUUCUGAGCUGAUAGGAGAAGGAGCCAUUGAGACCUUCACUCAUGCAAAGAAAUACUUACUGACAGAGGAUGCAUUAAUUAUCCCUUCCAAGGCUACAGUUUAUGUUAGAUUGAUGGAAAGUCCGUUUCUGUUUCAGUCACAAUCAAUUGACACCAAUCAAUUUCCUCAUGAACUCAAUAUUAAGAUCCCUGGAGACUGGAAACAUUGCCCAGGCCCGGCCUCACUAUGGGAUCUUCACUUAGAAGAAAUUAAAGAUAAAUGUACAAUAUUAUCAGACCCAGUGGCAGUGGGAGAGUUUGAUUUUUCUGAUCCUAAUCUACCCAAGAAGAGGGUUUUCCCCUUUGUAUCAGUCACACCCACUCAUACAGGUGUUCUUCAUUCUAUUGCUGUGUACUGGAGUAUCAGUAUGCCCCAGGGGGUGGAGCUUAGCAUGUCACCAUGGCAACAAGAUCAUCAAUGGCGUGAUCAUUGGUUGCCUUGUGUUCAGAUAUUAAGUGAUCCAAUCAACAUUAAUAAAGGUGAAACCGUGAAUAUUCAAUUAGUUAAUGAUGAGUUUACACUAUGGACUGUCAUUGAAAACAAUAUUAAUUUCUCUCCCCAUUCUCCUCCAUUGUGUUCCUGUGGUGUCCACAUGUCCUUCAGUAGAGGAAGAUUAAGAAUGAUUAAUGAUAAGGAGAGGAAUGAAAGGAUUAACCAAUCACUGGGAGAGUUGUUAGUUGGUAAAUCAACUGUUCUGUGUGUUGGUGAUGGUUCAUUUCUUCCAUUAUUUUGUGCUAAUUAUAAAUCAGUUAAAAAGAUAUUCUCAGUUGAGAGCAAUCAUCACUCCUUCAUGACAAUGGAACAAAUCAUAUCUUGUUCCUCAUUAUCAGACUCCAUUAGUUUAUUGUCUGUUGAUCCUAAUGACAUCACGCCCACUCACUUAAUUGGACACUCUAUUGAUGUCCUGUUAGCUGAACCAUUCUUUGUUUCCAUGACGUUACCAUGGCACUCUCUCUACUUCUGGUAUGUACGGACUGCACUAGAUCCUCUUCUGUCAACUGAUUGCGCAAUAACUCCAGGCUCCGCCCACUUAAUGGGAUUAGCCGUUAAAUUUGAAAACCUUCAUCUAUUAAAACAUUCUCUUGGAAAAGUUGAAGAAUUUUACUUAACCCCAUAUGAUGAUGCAGUAAUGGAAAGUAUUCCUGAUAUUAAUAAGUCCUUGCCUCCUGAGGAUUAUUCACUGUGGGAAUAUCCCUCCUACCCCCUCAGUGGGAUCCAGACACUAAUGAAAUUUGACUUUGCAUCUCCGGUUCCGAAAGACACAAUAUUGAGAGAGAAAGGAAGUUGGUCGUUGACCACACCCACUUCUUGUCACGGGAUUGUUCUUUGGAUGGAGUACAGUACUGGAUGGACUCCAGUUUUAUUAGACGAGCCCAUAUUUGGUCAUAAGUUGAACUGGUCGUCCAAUCAGAAUCAAGGAGUGUGUUUCUUUGUAAAGGAGGAUUAUGAGGGGGAGGGGUCAGUAGGCGUGGCUUAUGAUAUCAGUAUGAACACUGAAACUGGUGACUUGGGUAUGGAAUUUGAACUAAUUUUUUAACUACAAACUACAUUGAAGCAAUGUACUUUUAUGUGGCUGUUUUAAAAUGUUGAAAUUGAAAAAAAUCAAAA